CUUAACUGGCACCGUGUUCGAGGGACCUGGCCCAGCUGGGAAUUGUUCAACAACUCACGAUCGACACUCGGCCGCUCAUUUAUUCAUUCACUUUACCCUGCAGUCUGUCACUUGUACUGUCAGCGAUAUCCGUUAUUAUCCUUCGCCCUUCCGACAACCUCGUAUGCAAUCCUAGCAUGGAUUAGAACCAUAUAAAAAAGAUAUAUCACUUAUUGCUAAUUCGUAUUGUCCGCCGGUAACUCCAACUUGGUACUCGACUACUUCCUUCCACCAUGGCUGAAGUCGAAAAUCCCCCCGCCCAGAGUGGUCGCCAUGAGAAGCCUGAUGAAGCCAAGUACAAGGCCGAUCUAGCAAAGGCCGAGAAGGAGCACGAAGCUGCUCAGGCCAGAUUUAAUGCCAGCCGCGCAAAACUUGACAGCGCCCGCCCUGGAAAGUCCACCCCUGCAAACGACCGUUUCAAAGAGCUGGUCGACGACCAGAAGUCGAUCCGUUCAAAGCAGCAGGAAUUCAAGUCGGCAAAGGCGGGGCAACAGGACAAGUACAACCAGAAUGAGAACCUCAUCAAGAAGCUCAUUGCCGAACAAAAGGAUACUCGCGGUCGUGUUGGCUUCAAGAGCGCGGACGAAAUCGAAGCCAAGAUCAACAGCAUGAUGAAGGACGUGGACUCGGGCCACAUGAAGCUGGUCGACGAGAAGAAAGCUUUGGCCGAAGUGUCUUCCUUGCGCAAGCAUAAAAAGACAAUGGGAGGUCUCGACGAUCUACAAAAGAAGAUUGAUGAGAAGAAGGCUGAAAACGCCGAACUCAAGAAAACCUUUGACAGCCCAGAAACUCGUGCUUUGUCGCAGAAGUAUGAGGACAAUCAAAAAGAGCUGGACGACAUCAAGGCUGCCCGAGAAGACACCAACAAGAAUUACGAUACCCUCAAGGCCGAGCGCGAGAAGCUGUACCAGGAGCAACAAGAGACAUACUCCGCCAUCAGAAAGAUCAAGGACGAAUACUACGGUCAGAGAAAGGCGUACAAGGCCCACGAGGAUCAAGUCUACCAGCAAAGACGUGAAAGACAAAAGGCUGAGCGUGACGCCUACGAAAAGGAGAAGCGUCGCCGCAUCGCCGAGCAGAAACUUGAGGAGGCCGGCGAGCCCGCUUUCCUCGACCAGAUCCGUACUGCUGAAGGGCUGAUCCGACAUUUCGACCCUUCUUCGAGUACGGGAAGCGAGGAAAAGGGCCCCGGUGAAUUUGCUGCUACCGCUCAACGUACGGUAGACGAGUCCGGCUUCAAGGGCAUGAAAGUCGUGAAGAAGGAAGAAGAGGACUUCUUCGCCGGCAGCGGAGGCAAGAAGAAGGGUAAGGGCAAGAAGGGUGGUGCAGCGGCUGCUCCCGAAUCCGGCAAACUGAACAUGAACAUCGGCAUUAUUGAGGAAUUGGCCAAAGUUGGCAUCGACCCUCCCAGUACUCAGGCUGAUGUUCCUGGCGUCGUCGAGAAGCUGAAGUCCAAGUUGGAGGGAUGGAAGAAGGACCAAGAUAGCCAGACCCAAAAGAACGUUGAGAAGGCCAAGAAAGAGAUCGAGAAGUUGGAGCAGGAGGCUGCCGAAGCCUCGAAGGCCGAUGCUGGAGAAGGCCGCGCAAACCGAGGAAAGAAGGUGUCCUCGAAGGAUACUGGGGUCAAUGGUCAAGUCUCCGCUGAUGGUGAGCUUGCUCAAGAGAAGGAUGCUGUGGCUGAUGUCACCAAGGAGUUGAAGGAGGCUAAGCUUGAAGACGCCGAAGUUGCGGAUGGUGAAACCGCCUGAAGCUUUCUCGGUGCCUGAGUUCAGGCCACGGAGAUUACUGCAUUCGCCCUACUCUAGCUUGCUCUGAUAUGGGGGACUUUUGCAUUCGUUCUGGAAAAGCGGUUGAAAAGCAUAGCAUUGAGCGCACCUAUGCAGAUCCAGGCACCAAAAUUGAUACAUUGUUAUACAAAACCUUGCAUACCAAGAUAUUCGACCAUGAUAGUACUCCUGCUUUGAAAAUGUUGUUGAAGUGUUUGUCUAUCUCCACUA